AUGGAUCUCUCUAUCAGUGCUGUGGUCUUCCUGUUCCUCACCUACCACCUCUGUGAGGCAGGUGGUCGAAGCUAUAAUUCAAUCCUCAUGGUGCCCAAUGGCGGGAAGUGGGGAGAAUGGGGAAAAAUUCAAAUCUGUCCCUCAGGAUAUGCAUUCGGAUUCGCAUUGAAGGUACAGGGAAAACAAGGUAUGUCUACUGAUGAUACUUCCCUCAAUGGCAUCCGUCUCCAUUGCAGUAGGGGUGACGUUGUACAAUCUACCGUCGGACCGUUGGGAGAGUGGACAAAGAUUAAGGAAUGCCCCAAGGACUACCUGGUUUCCUUCGCUCUCAGAGUGGAAGACGAUCAAGGGAUGUCUGAUGAUACGGCAGCCAACAACAUCCAGUUCAACUGUGGAGAUGGGACUGGACUGGAGGGCGAGGGACUGGACUUCGGUACUUACGGCCCGUCGAGCAAGCGCUGCAAAACUGGUUCCAUCUGCGGGAUCCAAACAAAGGUGGAGAUAGGUUCAAGUAAUGAUGAAACAGCACUUAAUGAUGUCAGGUUCUUCUGCUGUGACUGA